AUGUCAAAUGCCGAGCGGAAGCGGCCACUCCCACGUGCCUUUGCUGAGUUGAGUGCCCACUUUUUGCCAGCCCGAGGCGACAUCCUCACGAGCGCAACUAUCACAGUGGAAUUUGCUCCCGUGAACGCGUCGGGCUGCACAGAUGGCGGAAUUGCAAAAGAUGGUGACACGGGCAUCUACGGCGCCGCCCUACUAGUGACAUUGUCUCAUCUACACGAAAUUAGAGAAGUUCGUGUGUGGCUUGAAAGGAAGGGAGGAGUCAUUGGCGACAGUGUGGUGGGGGAGUGGCGUCAGCUUCAGCUGAAUGCUUCAACGCUGUAUGAAGCAAAACGACGUGCGGUGCGCUAUGCCGAUUCAAGGAUGCAAUCAUCAUCUUCGUCAAAGCCACCCACCAUGGAGCUUACAAGUCUAGUCGCCACCGAACAAAAAAUAACCUGCCUGAUGGUGGAAGAAGAAAACGGGGAUGAUGAAGGUGAUGGGGUUCUUGAACUUGUGUUUGGGUCUAGCGACGACGAGAAUAACAAUAGCCGUUGUAGUGAUGAUAAUAAUGACGAUGCCGGUAGUGGUGAAGUUAAGGAACAUCGUAAAAGUAUCGCAGAAGCGGAGACUACAUGCGUUGUGCCGGAAGAAGAAGGCUGCGACAGCAACAACGACGAAGACGACAGCAUAGGCACACAUUUUAUUCUUAAACUAUGGCCCUGUGCUGCCGAUGGAACAAGUGCAACCGAUGAAGUCGGAUGGUUCAUGUCGCGCUGUUGCAUUGAGGUUGGCCUGCUGCCUCCAUCACGGCUGGCAAGCCUUGCCUAUCCUCGUCUGACAGUAUCCUCACUUGUGAAAAAAACGCACCCGGAGCAUCAGGCAGAGUAUGAGUUUGACAACGAAAGUUAUCUGUUGUUGGUGGGGCAGCGUUUUUACGAUUACUUCCUUUGUCCCCGCGUGGCGUACGCGGAGGGUGAACCAGGUGCCGCAAGAUUUACAGCCGUGGACGUCUUUGUCACGGUGGUGCGUCCCUUCCAAGAUGCGCUAGCCACUUCCUGGGAAAUAUUGUACAUGCGUUCCUUUCCAUGUCUUCCAGAAGAUUUGAUAUGUGCAUUUGUGAAGCCACAAAAGAGGAAUGACACUGGUCUUAUCACUGAGGAAAAACAUGCAGGGGUUCGCUGGUGCGUGCGACAUCACCCUGCAUAUACAUUUUUGUCGUGUAGCGAUGAAGAUGAUGUGUGCGGUGGAAAGUGUAUUUAUUUUUUUCACUGUGAUCACGUCUUGUGUAAUUGCCUUAUUCCGUUGCUACGUCAGGCUGAAGCUGCCUGGGAGGAAACAGGUUCGAGUGCAGCAGUAUGCGUAGGUGCCAAACUCCGCUGCAGUGCAUCCACCUGGGUGGUGACUGGCUGCAGUAACACGCUAUUGAGCCUUCGACGUGGUACGUUGUGUACACGGGGGGCGGUGGUGCUGGUGGCAGAUUUGUUGCGAACCAUACGACAACCCAUCACCUCGCUGACGUCACCAUUUCAGGUGAAUGCUCUGCGGGCAAAAACAUCGGUGCUGAGUUCUGCCUUGGAAGUGUUGUGGCGAAUUUUUGCUGGGAACGGCGUUGUACCCGAGUUUUCGGUCAACUCAUCAAGCCCCGCUCUCACUCGUGGAUGGGCCCUCUGUCUGCUCUGCGACGAGUGUGGUUGGACGGAGUUGCUGUCUCAGGAACGCCGGAUCGUCUCAGUUACGAGCUCUACACAGUCUCACGGAAGCUCAUGGUGGUUACCUCAGCGCUAUGCUCAAGAGACGUAUGAAUCACUUAUUUUCUUGUCUUCCGCCUUUGUGAUAGCUUCCCUUCGCCACAAAUGUCACUAUCCAUGGCAGCUUCUUGAGAAGAGAAACAGCGAUGCGUUUCCAAUGGAGAUACCGAACGAUUUGAAUACUACAGUUUCUAGUGGGAUGCAUCUUUCUCUGGUGCAGAAACUUUUGCUACAACAGCAGCAAAGUGGAGUAGGGAGUGGAUAUGCUGCUUUUCUGCCUUCUGUAUUCCAUGCCUUACUUUACUAUGAGGAGGAUCAAAAGCAUGAUGCGUGUCGAGAUGUGAAGCUUCGCUUGAAGUGUGCAAAUAAAAACUUUACACAUUGCCUGCAGACAGGCGGCAUUCGAUUUUCGAACCUCAUGUGGAGCAUUGACGUUCCCUUCACUGUAGUGUACUUUGCUAUAUAUGUGCCAACGGGGUCUCAGGUGGCACAAGCUGAAGCGCGCAUUGAGAAACGACUUCAAUGCCGUGUCGCACACGUGCUCCACUGCAGCUGGAGAGUCUCUGGUCUGACGUGGGCAAAAGGAUUGGAUCAACACACAUCCUUCUCCCUCUUGGAGGUGGAAGCAGAUGGCGACGGCAAGGAUGCUCUGACAAAGAAGGCAAAAUCCAAAGAAGAAGAAAUAAAAGAGAAUACCGAGUUAUUUUCCAUGGAAAUCCCUCUUUUGGUGCUCAACCCCAAAGUUGUUCCUGCCGCACUCUCUAUUUGUGUCAAACACGACUGGUUUUGGUCAAAAUUCUCCUCGUUUCUUGAGGCAUUGGCACUUCGGGUCUUGCUGCAGCACAUUAUAGAAGAUGCUGUGGGUGAGGGGGUGAACCAUGUCGAGGAGGCGGAUCUUGUGUUUACGCCGCUGAUGAACCAACUACUGGAGGACAUUUUAGAGAAUCGUUGCCAUCUAUCGUUUAAAGCUGAUGAAACGUCACCGGCGGCCCUUUUUGUAAGGGCAUUGCAGAGUGUGGAUGUUGACGCUACGGCAGUUUACGUUCGGAUUUAUCCCAGUUUGCGCAGACGAUUUGUGCAGCUUGUAUCAAGGUUUAAGUUGACUGCUCCAGUUGUUGUGAGCUCCGCAGGGAAGCGGGAACGGGAUGACGAUGAAGGAUCCCUACUGCGUGAGGGUGUGGACAAUGUGAGGGCGAGAAUGUUGGCGUAUCUUCGGAGAGUUGAGGCGUAUGCCGCAUCGUUGCCGCGCACAAAGCCAAGAUGGCAACAGCGACAGGAACCCCAAGACGGAAACGAACAACAACAAGCGCCGCAGCGACCGCGACUGUUAUUGAGUCUGAGAAGGCGACCAUUCCUCCACCAGGGGCAGGGGCAGGAGCAGGAGCAGGAAGUGGUGAAGCAGGCGAAGAAGACAAAGAUGGUGUCGGUUUAUAAUCCUGGUGAUGUUGCAAGUAUGAUUGGACGUGUUCUUACUAAAGGUACUGAAGCCGGCGUGGUGGAUAACGCUCUCCUUGCAGCACGCUCAGCAGCGUUGUCGCUGGUGAUGCCUUUGUGGUUGCUGUUACACAACCGGCCUGGUAUGUCUGAGGCGCAGAAGGUGGCAUUAUUUGACGGAGCGGAAUACAUUUACGAAUCCCUUCGAGGCUACCCCAUUUCCACUGACUUGGACGCCGUCAUGUCGAAAGGGUACGAGUCUCUUGUACACAAGGCGGAGUCGCCAAUGGGUCAGAAGAAGGGUCAGGACACUUCCUAA